UGAUUACUUUUUCGUUCCCCGAUUAAUCUGAGUUUCUCAAUAGUCAAUACCUCAGCGGGUUAGGGUUUACGACCCUGAGCUUCCUUCUGGAUAAAAAAAAAAACUCAGGGGGCAACAAUGGCGUCCAAGCUUCAGCAAGUUUCAGCAAAGGCUUGUGAAUUAACAAAGUUUGUUGCCAAGAAUGGUUCGACUUACUACAGGCAGGCAUUGGAGCAGAACAAACAGUAUAUUGUUGAGCCUCCGACUGUGGAGAAGUGCUCUGAGUUAUCUAAGCAGCUGUUUUACACUCGCCUUGCUAGCAUUCCUGGGCGGAAUGAAGCAUUUUGGAAGGAGCUGGAUUAUGUGAAGAACAUGUGGAAGAAUAGGCAGGAGUUGAAAGUUGAACAUGCCGGUAUUGCAGCUUUAUUUGGGCUCGAGUGCUUUGCAUGGUUUUGUGCUGGAGAGAUUGUAGGAAGAGGUUUUACAUUCACUGGUUACUAUCCUUGAAAAAGAACAGUUGAUCAUACAUUAUUUAGCCAAGUUGAUGAUAGCUAUAAGCUUUCUGUGUUUAUUAAGAUGAUCUGAGUGAGAGCUGACACUCCUACAUCAAGAUUGUUUCCCUCAAAAAAGUUUUUGAAGCUGACAAUUCAGUGCUUAACUUUGAUUGCUACAAUAAUACAGCUAUUCUUGUGUUCAACUUUGUGUCCAGAUGGUAUUUUCUGUAUUAAAAACUUUUGAUUCAAAUGAAAGAAGAUUCUUAUUUCAAAAUAAA